UAGGAGGGGGUCGAUCGCCCUCGCUCUCAUCUGCGCACAGUGUGUGUGGCAGGGGGAUAAAGUCGCCGGCGCUCGGGUUUCCCCGGAUAACCUUUUAUUAUUAUUAUUAUUAUUUUUAAAGGGAGGCAGAAGCAAGACGCAGCCCCUCAGAAUUAACACCUCGAUCCGCUACGUUAUCCGCAGCGGAUUGUCUUGAGGCUGCGAUAUUCCUUCCUGCUCUCCGAGGGACCAUGCCUGCCAGAUUUGGGGGCUUGGUGACUAAUGCUCGCUUGCUUUCGUUGCUGCUGCUGCUGCUGCUGCUUCUCUCGCAGGUCCACCUCCACAGAACUACGGGCCCCCGGUUUUUAAUAAGUGAUCACGACCAAGAUCCUCAAUGUAACCUUCAGUGCUCCAGAUCUGCUGUCAAGCCUCUCUGCGCUUCUGAUGGCAGGACUUAUGAAUCAAUGUGUGAUUAUCAGAGAGCCAAGUGCAAGGAUUCCAAUCUGAAUGUGGCACAUCGAGGCAGAUGUAAAGAUGCUGGUCAGAGCAAAUGCAGAUUAGAAAGAGCUCAAGCACUGGAUCAAGUGAAGAAGCCACAAGAAGCGGUCUUCGUUCCAGAGUGUCACGAGGAUGGAUCAUUUACCCAAGUCCAGUGCCACACCUACACUGGAUAUUGCUGGUGUGUCACUCCAGAUGGCAAGCCUAUCAGUGGUUCUUCUGUGCAGAACAAAACUCCUGUAUGCUCAGGCUCAGUAACCGACCGGCCAUUAGGACAGGGUAAUUCUGGAAGAAAAGAUGAUGGUUCAAAACCAACACCCACCAUGGAAACACAACCAGUUUUGGAUGGAGAAGAAAUUACAGCCCCUACACUUUGGAUUAAACACUUGGUCAUCAAAGAUUCCAAACUGAACAGCUCUAGUAUGAAAAAUUCAGAAAAAAUUAAUUCGUGUGAUCAAGAAAGGCAGAGUGCACUUGAGGAAGCCAAGCAGAAUCCACGUGAAGGAAUUGUUAUCCCUGAAUGCGCCCCUGGAGGACUGUACAAACCGGUGCAGUGUCAUCAGUCCACCGGCUACUGCUGGUGUGUUCUGGUAGACACUGGUCGCCCCCUACCUGGCACUUCCACUCGAUAUGAGACCCCUGUAUGUGAAAGCGAUGCUCGAUCCAGAAAUCCAGAGAUUGAUGAUCCUUUCAAAGACCGAGAACUUCCAGGUUGCCCAGAAGGGAAAAAAGUAGAAUUUAUUACCAGUUUACUAGAUGCUCUCACCACAGAUAUGGUACAGGCUAUUAACUCAGCAGCACUUGCUGGAGGUGGAAGGUUCUCUGAGCCUGAUCCCAGUCAUACGCUGGAAGAGCGGGUGGUACAUUGGUACUUCAGCCAGCUGGACAACAAUAACAGCAGCGACAUCAACAAAAGGGAGAUGAAACCCUUCAAGCGCUACGUGAAGAAGAAAGCCAAGCCCAAGAAAUGUACACGACGCUUCACUGACUACUGUGAUCUCAACAAAGACAAGUCCAUCUCACUUCAGGAAUUGAAAGGCUGUUUGGGGGUCAGGAAGGAAGAAGGCAGCAUCCCACACGGAAAAAGGCAAGGCGUUAAUCCUUUCAUAGGACGUCUUGUCUAAGAGGAUAUGCCUUGGAUGGAUGGACGGAAAGAAGGAAGGAGAUAGGAUGCAUGACCAUCUGAAAACAUGUAGGACUGGCAACACCCAGUAUAGCAGAAGUGGCAGUCAUAACAUUUGCACUUUGUUAAAAAAAAGAAGAAGAGAAAAAUUGUCUACAUAUACUACAGGGUUUUUUUUAAUAAUCUGAAGAAAAGACCAUUGAAAUUUGGAAAGAAAACUGAACAUCUACUUGUGAUUUAAAUCUUAAGAAUUGCCUGGACUUGAAAAAAUGUUUAAUAUACUGUACAUAAAAUGUAAAUUACACAGUGAUUUUCUGUUGGUUAUAGGAUGACUAUUGGAUUCCUGCCCAGUUUUUGUUUCCUUUGUUUCCUUUUUAAGAGGCACAGCAGUUUCAGAAAUGUCUUCCUGGACAGGAGUGUCUUCUAACGCCACUCAAUCUUUGUUAAGUGAUAUAAGCUCUGCCUUCAUUACAUUCAUUGCAGAGAUUAUUGGAUGGUUGUAAAUCACUGAUGAAGAAAUGAUCUAAAUAUGUAAUCUAUGGCAGGGCCUCCAGUUCCAGUCCACGGACUGCUAGCAGUCUGCAGCCUAUUGGGAACUGGGCCGCACAUGUGGCUGGUGAGAAUGCCAAGCUCCAUUUGCACAAGCGGCAGGCAUGCGCGCGGAACCAUCUCCUCUUCCUGCCGCUACCGCUGCUGCCAGUCUGUGGAGCCAGAAAGGUUGGGGAUCAGUGGUCUGGAGAAUAUUCGAGAAAUGUAAAAGUGAGCAGUAUGGAAUUAUAAAUGGGGGGGGGGACUUCAUGGCACUGCAGAUGUGUGACUUUAAAAUACAUCUGUUUAGCCAGCAUAUCCAGUGUUCACAGGCAGAAAUAAAUGAGACAAAAUCUCUGCCCAGUUCAGGAAUCGAAAAUAAAACAUCCUUACAAAAUAGCUGUCAUAACCUGGCUUGAGCACCUCCUAUGCACAAAGCCCAGCCUAGAUACUUGGUUCCUUGAGUGAACUGUUCCUAUUGAUAGGAUUUUUUCCCCUCUCAUUCAGAAGGAAUCUCCCUUCAGUUCAUUAUUCUGGAACAAGAGAGGACUUUGGAUAUUAUUUUGUGUGAAGUGUUGUUCCACAUUGUAGUGUCCACCAGUUGACCAUUGUAGUAGACUACGGAGGUCUGAGGCCCAGUACAGCCAGAAUCUCACUACUUAUAUUUUUAAUUUCUUGGCCCUGGCUGUUUUAGUGUUUAGGGAAAGCAAGAGUGAGUUGCAACAAUGGAUUUUUUAGUAUUGUGGAUCUUGAAAAUUUACUGUACAUAGGUGGAAGUUUGAAACUGGCAAAAACAUUUUCUUCUUUUUAAAAUCUGUGUUGAAUCAUUUCACAGGUUUACCAUAAAAUGGAUUUUUGUCUCGUGGAUCGCCAGCUUCCCCUGCUGGCUUCUCAGAUGUAUCACAUACGAUGAAUGUGAUUCAAACUCUUCUUUGCAUAUUAUGUUCUUUUUCCUUUCUUUUGUUCAUCCACACUUAUUCUGGAUGCAUUCAAAUUACUUUGUUUGAAUAUGCAGUGUAAAAAGUCUACUUUGUCCAUAUGAAUGAAGAACAAUUUGUAAAUAAUGUUGUUAAAAGAGUUUUUGUUCACUCGGAUCUUUCUCUCAGCCCCUGAUACUUAUUGUUAACAAUGCCAGAGAAUCAGAGACCAUGCCAAAUUCUUCUGUCACUUUGUCUUACUAUUUUGUGAAAAUGAAUGUUGUUUAGUUCUGUCAAAGGGCAUCUGUGGUGCCUUUAGUUUGGUAGUUUUUCUUCUGAAGAACUUCUUUCAGAACCUGUUGGGUUAGAACAACAUAUAAGCCCCAGUAAAUUAAUAAAGAUACAUAAACUUUU